AUGCAGAUGGUGUUAGCUGAUGUCAGUCAGAAGGACUAUUGUGUGGUUGAAUUGACAGAAGAAAGAUACCAAGCCUUUAUAUAUGCAUUUAUUGAUAACACAUGUUUUUGUUGUUUUUUAGCUGAUGUCAGUCAGAAGGACUAUUGUGUGGUUGAAUUGACAGAAGAAAGAUACCAAGCCUUUAUAUAUGCAGUAAAAAACCAUUAUUGGUAUCAAAUGUACAUAGAUGAUCUGCCAAUAUGGGGGAUUGUAGGUGAAAUUGCUGAAUCCGGUGAUGAAUAUUAUCUUUGGACCCAUAAGAAAUUGGAGAUUGGUUACAACAAUAACCAAAUAGUGGACGUUAAUCUGACGAGUGAAGCCAAAGUCAAAUUAACACCCGGUAUCAAAGUACCUUUCUCAUAUCAAGUGCAAUGGAAACCAUCAAAGAUUGAAUUCAAAACUCGCUUCGAAAAAUACCUUGAUCCAAACUUUUUCCAACACAGGAUCCAUUGGUUUUCAAUUUUUAAUUCUUUUAUGAUGGUUAUAUUCCUGGUUGGUUUGGUGUCGAUGAUUUUAAUGAGAACACUACGCAAAGACUACGCCAGAUACAGCAAAGAUGAUGAACUGGAUGAUAUGGAAAGAGAUCUUGGUGAUGAAUAUGGUUGGAAACAAGUUCAUGGUGAUGUGUUCAGACCAGCUUCACAUCCAGUAUUAUUUUCUGCAUUAAUUGGUACCGGUUAUCAAAUAGCAUCAGUCGCUAUGUGUGUUAUUUCAUUUGCUAUUGUUCAAGAUCUCUACACAGAACGUGGUUCUAUGCUGAGUAUUGCUAUAUUUGUGUAUGCUGCUACUGCACCAGUCAAUGGUUAUGCUGGCGGUGGUCUGUAUUCAAGGAUGGGAGGUAAAAGGUGGAUUAAACAAAUGGUAUUUGGUGCUUUUUUGGUUCCAAGUCUUGUCUGUGGUACUGCAUUCUUUAUCAAUUUUAUUGCUAUUUAUUAUCAUGCUUCAAGGGCUAUUCCGUUUGGUACAAUGGUUGCUGUAUCUUGUAUCUGUAUAUUUGUAAUAUUGCCAUUAACAUUGGUUGGUACAGUAUUGGGACGUGCUAUUUCAGGACAACCCAACUUUCCAUGUCGAGUUAAUGCUGUUCCCAGACCUAUACCAGAAAAGAAGUGGUUUAUGGAACCAUAUGUCAUUGUCAUGCUGGGCGGUAUACUGCCUUUUGGAUCAAUCUUCAUUGAAAUGUAUUUUAUUUUCACUAGUUUCUGGGCAUACAAGAUUUACUAUGUAUAUGGAUUCAUGUUACUGGUCUUUCUCAUCCUGACUGUAGUUACUGUGUGUGUUACAAUAGUGUGUACCUACUUUCUAUUGAAUGCUGAAGACUAUAGGUGGCAAUGGACGAGUUUCUUGGCUGCCGCAUCAACGUCAUUCUAUGUAUAUGUCUACUCAUUCUAUUAUUUCUUCUUUAAAACAAAGAUGUAUGGAUUAUUCCAGACCAUGUGGUAUUUUGGUUACAUGGCAUUAUUCAGUCUGGGACUAGGAUUAAUGUGUGGCACAUUUGGAUAUGUUGGUACCAGUGCCUUUGUCCGCAAGAUCUAUUCAACAGUCAAAAUUGACUAACCAGGAUUUUUUUUAGUUAUUUAUAUGUAAAGUGUCUGGCUUGUUCACUUGUCUUGUUGACAGUGUUACCUUUGUACAAGGACUAGAAAAGUCCAUGUACGUACCUUUUGUCAUCCAUAAAUCUUUCUGUAAUAAAUUGAGCAAUGUGAGAAUACUGUACACUAUUGUAGCUACCAUAUGGAUGUACUUGCCUGUGAUUAGCUAAUUGGUUGCAAUACCUUGAUAUUUCCAUAAUACAUAUUCGCUUAUAUUUACAGAAAAAAAAAGAAAAGUUACUGAAAAAAAAAAUAUUUUCUCUUAACGCAUGUCGUCCAUUCUACCCAAUUAUUUUUUUUAAAAGACAUCUGUACAAGUCAGUUCAGGGUUUGUUGAUAUGAAUGACAUUGUAUAUUUUUUAAUCUGAUUUUGUCCAUAUACAUUGAUGGUAUAAAUCAAAGAUUAUAGAUCUAAUGGUGACUGAAAUGGUAUACAAGACAAUAGUGCAUUGUUAAAACUCUGAUUGAAAAAUGCAAUGUAUUAGGGGGGGGGGGUUGAAUUGAAUUGAAAGUGUCUCACCACUUUGUUAACAAACAAUAUUAGACACUAAGUUGGAGACAUGAUAUUAAAGUAGAUGAAAGAGAUGUUGA